CUCACUCAGUCUUCGCAAGUAUAUAUAGGAGCACCAGGGGGCAGACAGCUUCAGUGUCUCCUCCGACUUCGUCCAGAGUACAUCCUCGCCGCCAUGAAAGCCACACUUAUUCUUGCGUGUGUCUGCGCCGCUCUGUCUGCCGCCUACGCCGCUCCUGGCUACGGCGGUUACGGUGGGGGGUAUGGUGGCGGCUAUGGAGGUGGCUACGGCGGCGGCUACGGUGGCGGCUAUGGUGGCGGCUACGGUGGCGGCUAUGGCGGCGGCUAUGGUAACGGGUAUGGCUUCGGCGGGCAUUACCGUGGCAGCAGGGGAGGCUACGGCGGCGGCUACAUUAGCUACACCCUGAGGACUCCUGGCGGCGGCUACAGCUUCGGCGGCCCUGGCAAUGCUGGCGUUCAUGGCAACACUGGCUACGGGUAUGGCGGCGGCUAUGGUGGCGGUUAUGGUGGUGGAUAUGGCGGCGGUUAUGGCGGAUAUGGCGGCUACGGAUACGGGCACUAAGAAAAUGUAUUUGUAUGAAAAACGCUAAAAAAAAAUCAUGUCGACCCCAAGUGCUUUCAAAGGGAUGAGGGAUUCGUGAGGCGAGCUUUUGUAGUUUAUUGGAGAAAUUGUACGAGUUAAGCUUUUUUUUUAUUAUUAUUCUUUCUCUUUUUUCUUGUGUGUUUCUCCUUGUGUUUGUUCUAUCCUCUAUCUUAUUUCCCGUAUUUCUUCGCUCAGGUGAAGUUUUCUUUCGAUCGAUUCACUGUUCAUCGGGUGUCUGUUUAUCGCUCGUGAGUUUAAUAUGAGAAAGUUGAUGCCAAAGUCUGUCUGGAUUCAAGCUUUACUUAAUCUUAAUGGAUGUCUUGUCUCGUUACUCUAUUUACUAUGAAAAAUGAAAUAUUGGUGAUGAAUAAAACUUUCAAAAAUUA